CAUUUGCCUAGUUCAUAUCCGAACCCUCAGCUCAUUUCUUAGCUGGCCCACGCCACACCAUCCUUUCUUUCUCUUUAGGGAGAGAGGGAUAUCCAGAAGUAAUAAGCUUCCUAGCUAUGGCAAAUAGUGAUGCGGCAUCAUCAUUAGGAGGUGAGUACCAGGUGUUUCUAAAUUUCAGAGGACCUGACACUCGUAAUGGAUUCACAGACUUUCUCUACCACGACUUAAUAGAUGUCGGAGUCCGUGUAUUCCGAGAUGACGAUGAACUCCGCGUCGGCCAAGAGAUUUAUGAGAACCUUCUAGGUGCUAUCAACAACUCCAUAAUCUAUAUACCUAUUUUUUCUCGCACUUAUGCUUUCAGUAAAUGGUGCCUUUGGGAGCUUGCACAGAUAGUGGAUAAAGUGUCUAAGUCCGAGGGCGAAAAAUGUAUCCUUCCCAUUUUUCUUGAUGUAGAACCUGAGGACGUCAAACUUAAGACUCCACAAUAUGAAGUUGCUUUACUGGAGCACGAGAAGCAGUUUCCUGAUGAAGUCAGGGUAUGGAGAGCGGCUCUUGCAGCAGUGGGUAAAAUCAAGGGAUUGAACGUGAAAUCAAGCCAAGCAGAGAUUGUCGAAUCGGUUGUUGAAAAGGUAUUGGAAAAGCUGGAGAUAAAACAAAAGUCAUUGACUGAACAUUUAGUUGGACUUGAUGACCGGGUAAAAGACUUGACUGAGUUUUUAGAUGUCAACCAUGGUGAUGUGCGGCUCCUUGGAAUUUACGGAAUGGGUGGCAUUGGUAAAACAACUUUUGCCAAGUUCAUCUUCAAUCAACUAUAUUGCCACUUUGGAAAGCAUUGUAGCUUCCUCGAGGACAUCCGAAAAAGCUCGUCAAGCGAUGAGGACACAGUCCAGUUGCAAAAGAAAUUAUUAUCUCAUAUAGUUGGUUCUGGAUCUGUUGAACAAUUCAUGGAUAUUGAACAAGGAAAGAAGAGGAUUGGGGAAACACUCAGCAAACAUAAGUUCCUUGUGGUUCUGGACGAUGUUGAUAAGAAAAAGCUCGUUAAGGAAUUACUAGGAAAUUCCAAAUUGCAUCGAGGAUCUAGGAUAAUCAUUACAACGAGAGACAUUGAUAUCCUGCAAGAUGAGGUAUUUGAUACUCAGCAAGAUGAUGAUAAGAAAGUGCUAGGAAAUUCUAAAUUAUAUCGAGAAUCUAGGAUAAUCUUUACAAUAAGAGACAAUGAUAUCCUGCAAGAUGAGGAAUUUGAUACUCUACAGGAUGAGGGAUUUGAUACUCUACAGGACGAGGGAUUUGAUACUCUACAAGAUCCCGAGGGAUCUGUUACUUUGCAAGAUGAGGGAUCUAAAGUUAAAAUAAAACGGUAUGAGAUGCAAAUGAUGGAUGAUGGUCUUGCACUUCGGCUUUUUUGUCGGCAUGCCUUUUACAAAGAUUGUCCUUCGGAUGAUUAUCGUGAGCUUUCCAUAGAAAUUGUUUCACUUUUGGGAGGACUUCCUUUGACUAUUGGAGUCGUAGGUUCCUUGCUUAAGGGGGAAGAAAAAGCAUUUUGGGAAGAGACAUCGGUCAGAUUAAGGAAAGUACCUGAGGAAAAGACUUUAGAGAAGUUGAGAAUUAGCUAUGAUAACUUAGACAAAUAUCAGCAACAAAUUUUUCUCGAUAUAGCAUGCUUCUUUUUCAAUGAGAAGAAGACCGAUGCAAUUUACAUAUGGGACGAUUGUCAAUAUUAUCCUAUAAGAGGAAUUAAAGUCCUUACUGAGAGGUGCUUGAUAAAAAUAUUGGACAACGAUAAUUUCUGGAUGCAUGAUCAACUAAUAGCACUCGGAAGGCAAAUUGUUCGUGAAGACGGUCAAGAUGACCUUGGAAAGAAUAGUAGAUUUUGGAUUGUAGAAGAGGCCCUUCAUAUCAUAGGAACCAUAAAGAGGAAGCGUGAGGUUCAAGGGCUUAAGCGUGUACCAUUUGAGAUUACAAAUGAAGAGUUUGAAAGGUUACAAAACCUUAAAUUGCUCAAGUUAUACAAGGGAACUUAUGCUGGGGACUUUGCAAAGUGCCGCUCAAAUUUGAUAUGGUUCUCUUGGCAUUCUCCUUGGGAUUUUACGGCGGACAAGUUGUAUUUGGAUCGUCUUGUUGUUUGUAAACUCAACGAUAUUGACUUCAAGGAUGAUUCAAAAGCAUGGGACUUGAUCAAGAGGUCACAGGAUUUGAAAGUUCUAUCUAUUACUCAAUGUUCUGGCAUAACAACGAUCCCAGACAUCUCUAAAUGCUCGGGUUUAGAGAGGUUGACUCUUGCACAGUGCUCUAGUCUAAAGAGAAUUGAAAGCUUCAUUGGAAAUCUACAGUCAUUGAUUGAGUUAAACAUCGAAAGGUGUUGUAAUUUUAUAUAUUUGCCUAAAGAAGUGGGGGCACUAGUAAAGCUUAAGCACUUCUCGUUGGAUGGAUGUACAAGUUUGAGAGAACUUCCAAGCUCACUCGGCAAUUUAGCCUCAUUGAUAGAGUUACGGUUAUCAGACACGAAUAUAAGGGAACUUAACUUCAUUGGAAAGUUAAAAUCAUCACAAAUCUUGUUGUGUCAGAAUGUUGGUUGGAAGGAUCAUGACUGGCAAUAUCCUAGUAACAUCAGCACAUUGGUAAAUAUUGAAAAGCUGUAUCUCACUAGGUGUAGUGAGAUAAGUGAAAUUCCUAUUGGAAUUGGAGAAUUGUCAUCUUUAAGAACCCUAGAAUUAAAUGAGACCUCUAUUUGUGGAAUUCCAAGGACAAUCAACAAGCUUCGUCAUCUCCAAGAACUCUAUUUACGGGAAUGUCAUGACAUUCAUGAGUUGCCGGAGCUUCCCACAAGUUUGACCUCUCUAUAUCUUCAUUCUAUAUCAUUGAUCUCAAUCCCCAAUUUGUCGAACCUUACUAAUUUGGUUGAACUAUACCUUAGUGAUGGCUCUUGUAUUACAGGAAAAUCAAACCUAAUCAUAGGAUGCAACUUAAGGGGGAUUGAGAGGUUAUCAAGACUGAAAAGGUUAGAGUUACAUCUGCUAAAUGUACCUGCACCUCCAAAGUUGGCUUCUCUUUCUCAUCUGGAAAAGCUUACUUUGUCUGCCUUAGACCUAAAAUCCCUCAUGCAGCGUCCAUCCUCCUACUGGAUAUUGAGAAAUUUGUUGGAAUUAGACAUUUUUUCGUGUGGAAUGGAAGACAUUCCACUCGAUGGACUUCCACUACUGCGGUGUUUUAAUGUUCGCAAUUGUAAACGGCUUCAGAGAUUAUUAAUUCCUUUGGAAUUAAUGAAGCUACAUCAAGUGGAUGUGUCGGGUUGUCCAGAGCUAGUUCAGAUACAAGUUAUGGGUCUUCUGAAAUCAUUGGAAAUCUUGAUAAUUGGUUAUUGCGAAUCUCUGACAAAUAUAGGUGGAUUAUUGUACUUGAAGAACCUGGAGACGUUGAAAAUAGAAUGGUGCAAUGUACUUGCAAAUGUGGAGGGCCUUAACGAGCUGGAGUCUCUGAAAUAUUUGGACGUCAAAGAGUGCCCGUCAUUGAAAAGGUUGAUUGAUGCAUCUCGUACAAAUAUACCAGAUGAUUGUCGCGUCCAAAUAGAGGGCUGUGGAGACUUGAUCAAGGAUUCUUUGUGGAUCGACACAUGUUCAACGUCUAUGAAGCGUUACAAAGAUGUAAUUCUUCUGGAUACAUCAAACAAGGUUGACAAUGACUCAAAGGGAGAUUUCGAAGGCGAGGUGAUGGAGACGUCAAGAGAGGAAUGGAUGGUGAAUAAUCAUGUGUACUCCGAUGAGGAAUGGGUUGAGUGGCUCGUUUCAGAUCCUGAUGAAGACCCAGAGUCUGCAUAUGUGGGUGAAAGCGAAAUUGAUAGCACCUCCUUCGUUGAUGAUUUCCAGUCAGAGUCGAGCAAUGCCAACAGUUUUGAGGCCACGGGAAAUAGGAGGCAAAUGAGGGACGCAAGGAUUGGGCACUAUGGCAGUGUCGAUGGAGGGAAACCGGUGUGUAUGGGAGAUAGGAAGAAGGACAAGGAUGAGAUUAGGGAAGUUGCCAACCAAAAUAAUGUUGUCCAGUCGAGUUGCCAAAGGUGCGAAGGAGUUGAACACUUUGAGAGAUCCUGCAAAGUUACAACUGAAGUUGAGGAUCAAAGAGACCUUUCUUCUGUUGACAAUGAGUCAGACGGGGAAUACGAAGGCGAGGUGAUGGAGAUGUCAAGAGAGGAAUGGAUGACGAAUUAUUGUCUGUACUCAGAUGAGGAAUGGGCUAAGUUGCGCGUUUCAGAUCCUGAUGAAGACUUAGAGUCAGCAUAUGUGGGUGAAAGCGAAGUUGAUGGCACCUGCUUCGUUGAUGAUUUCCAGUCAGAGUCGAGCAAUGCUGACAGUUUUGAGGCCACAGGAAAUAGGAGGCAAAUGAGGGACACAAGGAUGGGGCACUAUGGCAGUGUCGAUGGAGGGAAACCGGCGUGUAUGGGAGAUAGGAAGAAGGACAAUGAUGAGAUUAGGGAAGUGGCCAACCAAAAUAAUGUUGUCCAGUCGAGUUGCCAAAGGUGCGAAGGAGUUGAACACUUUGAGAGAUCCUGCAAAGUUACAACUGAAGUUGAGGAUCAAAGAGACCUUUCUUCUAUAAAACAUCCCUUCACAAUAAUAUUCGUCCUUGGAGUAAAGAAGAACAGUGAGGGGUAUGGGUUUGUUGGUGGAAUAGAGAGGGAAAACAAAAAUGUGACCCCAGGUUCAGUGACAUAUGAAGGAUUGAUUGCUGACGUCGAAGGUUUCAACUUUCGUUUGGAGAGAAUGUGGUAUAAGGCUCCUGGUCAAGACGGCGUGUUGCUUAUAGAGAUCAAGAGUGAUGAGCAAGUGAACGGAAUGGUGCCACUAGCAUCUAAAAGAGGAUUCGUUCAUUUGUACGUCGAGGGAGCGUUUGAUAGUGAGCCGAGCAAUGCUGAAUGUUCCGAGGCCACGGCAAAUAGGAGGCAAACGAGGGACGAAAGAACUGGGCAUGAUGGCAUUGUCAAUGGAGGGAAAAUGGCGAGUAUGGAAAAUAGGAACAAGGACAAGGAUAUGAUUGGGGAACCUGCCAACAAAAAUGACAUUCUCCGGUCAAGAUGCCAAAGGGGCAAUGGAGUCGAACAUUAUGAGAGAUCCUGCAAAGCUACAACUCAAGUUGAAGAUCAAAGAGGCCUUUAUUCUACUGAAGGUGGGGAAAGGGCCACAGCUUGGAGGACCGGCAUUGCAUGUUGCAAAAAGGAAAAGGAUGGGGCUGAGUUCGACAUUUCAGGUUCCAAUGAAGUGCGAGACUCUGCGUCUAUGGGUGAAAGCGAAACUGAUGGCACCUCCUCCAUUGAUGAUUUCCAUUCAGAGCCAGGCAAUAUUGAAUGUUUUGAGGCCACGGGAAAUAGGAGGCAAAUGAGAGACGAAAGGAUUGGGCGCUAUGACAGUGUCGAUGGGGGGAAAACGGUGAGUAUGGAAAAUAGGAAGAAGGACAAGGAUGAGAUUGGGGAACCUGCCAACCCAAGUGAUGUUGUCGGGUCAAGUGGCCAAACAUGCAAAGGAGUUGAACACUAUGAGAGAUCCUGCAAAGCUACAACUGAAGUUGAGGAUCAAAGAGACUUCUCUUCUGUGAAGAGGGAUAAGACUGUGGAGACUGAUCAAGUACUUGCAAAAACAGGCAGAGGAAGUGCGACAGGAUGUGCUUCAAAACCAGGAAGGGACCCUACAGAAAGAGGCAGAGGAAAGGAUAUAGCUAAAAGUUCAAGAAACGGCAAAGGUUUGAGGUUGGGUAGAGAUGUAACUUCUACUUUAGGGAAGGGCACGACAUCAAACUCAGGGAGGGAUAUAGCUUCAGGUUCACGAAGCAGUGCCACUUCAAGUUCAAGAAGGGCCAGAGGUUCAACUUCUGGAAAGGGCACAACUUUGAGUUCAGGAAGGGGCAUGACCUUGAGUUUAGGAACGGGUGGGGGUUCAAGUUCAAGAAUGGACACAACUAAAAUGGGCAUAGCUUCAAGUUUAGGAAGGGGCACAACUUCGAGUUCACGAAGCAGCAGGACUUUGAGCACUGAAAGGGGCAGAGAUUCAACUUCAGGAAAGGGCACAACUGUGAGUUCAGGAAGGGGCAUGACCUUGAGUUUAGGAACGGGUAGGGGUUCAAGUUCAAGAAUGGACACAACUAAAAUGGGCAUAGCUUCAAGUUUAGGAGGGGGCAUAACUUCAAGUUCACAAAGCAGCGGGACUUUGAGCACCGAAAGGGGCAGAGAUUCAACUUCAGGACAGGGCACAACUGUGAGUUCAGGAAGGGGCAUGACUUUGAGUUUAGGAACGGGUAGGGGUUCAGGUUCAAGAAUGGACACAACUAAAAUGGGCACAGCUUCAAGUCCAGGAAGGGGCAUAACUUCAAGUUCACGAAUCAGAGUGACUUUGAGUAUGGGAAGGGGCAGAGGUUCAACUUCAGGAAAGGGCACGACUGUGAGUUCAGGAAGCGGCGAGACUCUGAGUUUAGGAACAGGUAGGGGUUCAAGCUCAAUAAUGGACACAAAUAAGAUGCGCACAGCUUCAAGUCCAGGAAGGGGCAUAAUUUCAAGUUCACGAAGUAGCGUGACUUCGAGUACAAGAAGGGGCAGAGGUUCAACUUCAGGAAAGGGCACAACUAUUAGUUCAGAAAGGGGCACAACUUUGAGUUUAGGAAGGGGCACGACUAAAUUGGGCACAAGUUUAAGAUUAGGCACGUACAAAAGUUCAAGUUCGGCCAAGGCUGAGCCUCAAACAUCAAGGUCACGGGAAGAACAAUAAGGCAAGCAUGAACAAGCACAGAAGCAAGCGGAAGAUCUAAGAUUGAUGAUUGCGGGUUUUUCAAAAGGAUUGAUCCUAAGUCCUCGUUACAUGACAGAGAAGUGAUUUUUGGAUUGAUCAAUGAAAAGAAAUCAUUGGAAAGUAUGGAAGCCAGUUGAAAGUAUCCGAGGAGAAAGUCCACAUUCUCAAAAUGCAGCUAGAAAGGAGUAAGUGACAGAACAACUAGAUACAAGUGGAAGUGUCUCGACUAGAAGCAAAGGAAAAGAUCUAUUUGAAAGGCAUAGUUGUAUUAGAAGGAUUGAUGUGCACAAAUGCUGAUGUUGAAGUUGGACAGAAAAACACAACUUACGUUGCCUUGGAUUGGCAACAAUGUUGGAUUGGUCGUGAUGGUUGUCUAUCUCUUUUGCUUCUGGGUAGCGUAAUUAGGGGUAGAUGCUAGGCAAGACCAAUGUUAUCAUGCAAAAAAAAGUGAAACUGUAUCCAACUGUGUU